AUGCAGGUCCACACAAAGAGAUGCAACAGACUCCUUCAUGACAGAAUGAGGGAUCUUGUGUUUAUCAAAUUCAACUCAAGACUAAAGCAAAAGAGGGACAACAAGGAUAGAGAUCCCAUUGAGAUACCUGUGCAUGAUGUAAUUUUAGAAGAUGGAGAGAAUGAGUGGAUCACUGGCAUUGAACAAACAGAAGGAGGUUCAGAUCAAGAAAAAGAAAAAGAAACUGGAGCAUCAUCACAAGGACUUGUAGCUGCACCUAGAGUUGAGAGAACUAGGAGAGGUGGCCAGGAAAAUUCAAGGAGUAGGAAGAGAAAGCGGUUGAUCCCAACAUUUGAGGAGGAGGUGUCAUCUCCAUCUUCUGACGGGGGAGAUGACAAUGAUAUUGAUGAUCAGCCUAUUGGUUCAGAUUCUGAGGCUGCACCAUUAAGUCCAUCUUCAUAUUAG